AUGGCUGGAAGGAGGAGAACCAGUUUCUCCGGUGCGUUCAUCUCGGCUCUGCUGGCUGUGAUGCUGCUGCCCGCAUUCUUGUCCGCUGGACCAAUUGUGCAAACACCCAAAGGAGAUGCGGGAGAAAGUAUCCAGGAGAGGUCGGCUGCUGCAGAGUUACACAGGAGGCUGAUCCGCAACCGCAGGAACAUCAGCUGGUACAAACAGCACUCUGACUUCUGGAGCUGGUACAAGUUCUUCACCGACAACGGCAACCAGGAGGCAGUUCAGGAGAUGGACCGCAUCUACCUGGCCUACCUCCAGAACAAGAACCGUGCUGAAGGACGUCGCUCCUACAAGGCCUACUUGCGCCACCUAGGGGACAUCUACAAGUCCUGUGCUGAUUCUGAUGACCCCAACUGUGUGGCUUCCUACACAAGCAGGCCCAAACCUAAACCAGAGCCCCCCAAACCUGCACCUGUGAAAACCUGUGACCCCACCAAGGACCCCUACUGUUUGUAUGCUGCUUUGGUCCAGGGCAAGAACCCCUACCUGCCCCUGGUGCUCCCAGCUGCCACCCCCGCCCCGGCACCAGUGAAGGCCCCAGCCCCUCUUUACGUCCGCUCUGCUGCUCCAGCCAAGGACCCACAGUCAGGAUAUUACUACUACGCUCCAUCUACAGUGCCUUUCCUUUCCAAGGAGCAGACGGCCGAGCUGCUGCGCAUCUGCUCUUCUGAUGAUGUGGAGUGUCUGCAGUACCACCUGAGAGCAGCUCACGGGCAUGUACCCUCUGCCGGACCUCUGCCUUCCUACGCUCACCUCGGCUGUGACCCUAAGAAAGACCCCACCUGCAAACCCAAGCAGGUGCAGAAAGCCCCCUCUGGUCUCUACCUGCAGUACCCCAACUGUGAUCCACUCCAGGACCCCCUCUGUGCCUAUGCUGCCUCCCUUGCUCCCCGUGCUCCCAACCCCCCUGCCCCUGCUGGCCCUGGAUCCUGCAACCCUCUUUUUGAGGAAGGUUGCAACCCUCUUACCGCCACCAGAUUUGCUUCUCCUCCUGAGGCAUACAAGAAUGAGGAAAGAGAAGAGGCUGCUGCUAUUCGUGCUGCCCCUCCUCCUGCUCAGCAGAACCCGUAUGCCAUGUUUAGGGAUGCUUACGCUAACAGACAGUACCCCUUUUCCAUUCCCAAUUUUGAAGAGCCUCCACGGGAGGAGCGUCAUCCUCUCGGCCCCCCAGGUAAAACCAAGGAGGGCUAUGACUGCUUCAUCGGCUACGAUCGUGAAUGCUACCCUGUGAAGCCCAAUGAGCCACGCUCUGGAGUUCACCGCCGCAUCCCCUAUCCUGCAGAAGCCUACGAGCCCCACCUGAACGCCGAUGGCACCCGAAGCGGGGUCCUGGAGCCUGCCAACCCACACUGCGACCCUGAACAUGACCCUGACUGUCGUCUGCGUCGCUAUGAGCCAGAGCAGACCCACGCCGAGGCCCAGCCUGAGCAUUACGCUGAGGAGGACCACAACCAGGGGGCAGCAGAGCGCGAGCCACAGCCAGAGCAGCCAGAACAGGACCAAUAUGAGGCAGAGCCCUACCAGAGCGGCCAGGAGGAGCCUCACAUGUCCUACCAGCAAUUCCCACAGGGUAUGCCCAGCCUUCAGGACAUACUGAGGCACUACGGAGACCAGUACCCGGAGCAGGAUGAUCACAGAGCCUAUGCAGAUGACUACCGCAAGAAAUAA